AUGAGGUUUGUGUUUUUAAUCAAAAGUUAUAAUUAAUUUUUCAAUUUCUUUUUUUUAGCUUCAAUUGGCCUGUUGGGAUUAAUGCAACAAAGGAAAAAUUAGGAGAACAGUAAGAAUUUACAGAAGCCAAAGGUGGAAAUUUCGUGUACUGUAAUUUUUUUUGUUUUUCUCAUGCGUUGUUCAGAAGGGUCGAUUUGAUAAGUUCACAAACUUCAGUAUAUUUUUGGAAUAAAAUUCCAAAAAGUUGAUAUUCAAAUUUUCAAAAAUAUAUUUUUAGAUUUGAUAAUCUUCAUCUUGACACAAGAAUAAGUGCAUCUCAUGCAAAACCUUUAUCAAAUAUUGAUCCAGUUGUAACUCCAAUUUAUCAUUCAAGUACAUAUCGAUUCAAAACAGUUCAGCAAUUCAAUGAACACAAUCAUGUUUGUUUUUCUCUUUUUCAAAUAUCUUCGCUCCAGAAAUACUGUAUCCUCUAAUUCAGGGUUCAAACUUUGUUUAUCGUCGCUGCGGAAAUCCAACAACUGAAAAUGUUGAAGUUGUUAUAAAUGAAAUUGAAAAAGGAGCUGGCACGUUGGUUUAUAAUUCAGGACUUGCAGCUAUUUCAGCAGUUUUUCUUGAAUUUCUUCACUCUGGAGCUCAUUUGGUCAGUUUCAGGAACAUUUUUUCAUAUCAUAAAUUACACAUAGUUUUUUUUGUAGAUAACAAUGGCUCCGAUUUAUAGUGGAACUUCAAGUUUCAUCAAUGAAACUUUGAAACGGUUUGGUGUGGAAGUGACAUUUGUAAAUGUUGAAACAGAGACAAAUUUUGCUGAUGCAAUCGAAAAAGCGAUUCGACCAAAUACAAAAAUGAUUUAUUUUGAAACAAUUGCAAAUCCAUCAAUGGCUGUUCCAGAUAUUAUUGGAACAUUAAAAAUUGCCAAAAAACAUCAAAUCAAAAGCUGUGUUGAUGCAACAUUCAGUUCUCCAUAUAAUAUUCAACCAAUUACUCUUGGAGCCGAUUUUUCAUUGCACAGUUGGUAAGAAUUAAUUUUAGUCAGAAGAAUUUUCAAAUUGAAAGGCAGCUCCAAAUCUGAGACGAUUUUUUUUGAAAUCCUAGUAAAAAAGUUCUGAAUUUUUUGGAUCACCUGGAAUUUUGGAAUCCUACUUUGGAGAAAAUUGAUCAUGUUUCGCUAUUUUCAGUAUUUUCAAAGAAAAACAAGUUCAAUCAAAUUACUAUAUUCUUCACUUAUUCAAAAAUUAAAAAAAAAAAGCUCAAUAAUUUUUAUUACAGUUCGAAAUAUAUUGGUGGACACACAGAUGUUAUUGCUGGAUGUGUAACUACAAAAUCAUAUGAUGAUUGGAAAGCAUUGAAAUUGCAACAAUUGACAACCGGAUCAUCUUUGGUAUUUAAUUUUUCAACACAUUUUAUUUCUUUUUCAUUUUUCCCAAUUAUUUCAGUCCCCAUAUGAUGCUGCUCUUCUCACUCGUGGUCUCAAAACAUUAGCUCUCCGAGUCGAUAGAAUCUCCCAAAAUGCACAAAAAAUUUCGGAAUAUCUUGAAGCCCAUCAAAAAGUUCAACAAGUAUUCUAUCCUGGUUUGAAAUCUCAUCCAGGUCAUAAAUUUGCUGCUGAGACAAUGAAACAAUUUGCUGGAAUGAUUGCUUUCGAUUUGGGAACUGCUCAAAAUGCAAUCAAUUUUAUUGAGGUUUGUGAUUCCUGGAUAAAGCAUGUAUGUAUCUAAAAUGAGAUAUAUUUGUAGAGUCUUCACAUAAUUGUGCACGCUGUUUCUCUUGGCGGAACUGAAAGUCUAAUUGAACACCCAUAUUCAAUGUCUCAUGGUGCACAAUUACUUCGUGAUCCAACUGGAGCUACUGUUUCGCCAGGACUUCUUCGUUUCAGGUGAGAAAGUCUAAUUUUCGAUUAAGAACACACAGAGCUAGUCAUUUUCCAAAAAAAAAAACACAUUUACACAAUAAUUAUCAUUUUGAUUUUAUUUUAAUCAAAUGUUUAUCACAACCAAAAUUUUUCGAUGAGAAACAUAAUAAGGGCGGAGGGAUCUAGAAAAAAGAAUUUCUCAGAAUUUAAAGAGCCUUUCGAAUAGCUCGGGAUUAUUCUGGAAAUUUCGAAAAGUUUUUUUUAAUAAUCAUUGAGUUUUAAUAAUCAUAUCUUGUUUCUCGUCUCAUCAUAUCAAACUUACCGUAAACAUUUAUAAACCUAAAUCUACCGUACCCGAUAAAAUCUAGAUUAUUUUUCAGUGUUGGAAUCGAAAAUGUGGAUGACAUUAUUGCCGAUUUGGAACAAAGUUUGAACAAAUUGUAA